CACUUACAAGCUCGUCUAGUUAGUUUGGUCCCUCUUGACGGUGAUUGCUGAUCGCAAAGACAUGGCCAAUGUGUGUGAGGAGUGGCUGAAUGGAGUUGGAACAGUUUAAGUAUAUUGCAUAGCCCAUUAUCUAUGCUUGGGUGUUGGCAGGUCACAGAAGUUACGCAAACAUAAAGGAACUGAAGGAUUGGUCUGGAAAAUCACAAAAAAUUCCCAAAUUAUGCAUACUGGAAGUAAUGGAAAUUUAAUUUCCAUCUGUCUUUUGCUAGCAUGCAUUUUGUUUUUGAUGCCUCAUUUCAUUUAAUGUGCAAAUUGUUUAAAAUGAUGUACUUAAAUCAUAUGAAUGUUAUCUCUAAAAAUGUUCUGUCUAAAUUUAAAAAAAAAAAUUAGUUCAUUCCUGCAAAUCUAUUUCGUAUUACAUUUGCUCCAGUUUAAUUUUUUUUAUUACAUGUAUAAACAUUUAUCCUUUGAUAUAAAAAAUUUGUAACAUAGCCUGUUAUCUAUAUAGUUUUUGUGUUUUAAGAGGGUAUCAUAUUAUGCUGAAGUUGGUUAAUAAAUAAUUUAUUCUAUAUACACCUGCCCCUCGAAUUAACGCUGUUCAAUUUGCGCUGUUUUGAAGUAACGACACCAAUUAAUUAGAGAAUUUUUUGAAGUAGUGCGGUACCAGAUUCGGAGUAGUGCUCUUUUCCGUCCACAUAAGUUUUUAAUUUUCAUACGCGCACAAUAGCAACUAAACUUAUGUAACCUUAAUAAUGUGAUGAAUGAAAAUAUGAUAGUUUACCCUUUACGUAAUAGUUAUACACUUCCUUCAUUGCCUAUUUUCUUAAGCCUAGUUAAAAUUGUACAUCAAAUAUUACGUAAAACCAAUGUCCGAUGCCCGCGUCUGUGUUCAGCAAAUAUUUUUACUACGACAGCCAUCUGGUGAGUAUGGCAAGAAGCUUUCGAGGUUGGUUAACCUAGUGCACGCCACAUUGCACUAGUUGGUAGUUGUGUUUACAAAGUUACUUUUGUUGGUAUCAACUUGCACGUGAACUAAUUACUAAACCUAAUAAGUACUUUAUCUUGUCCUGUGCAAGUUACUAGUUUUUGAUAAGAUGGCGAGUGAAAGUGCGGGUUCUACAUCAAGUGUCGAAAUAACUCAGCGGAAACGUUUUAUUUUAGAGGACUUUCACACUACCAAUAAUAAAACUUUAGUGUGUAAAGAGUUGAAGUUAGCAGACGUGCAUUCAAUAAACAACAGUCACAAAUUACAUUUCCAGAUUAAAAAAUCAUGUUAAUAGAAAACGUAAAAUUUAUUCUUAUCCAAAAUAUUACACAUUGAUACAGAGCUUAUAUGUUAAUAAUACAAUUAUUUUUUAACACCAGAAUGUUGUGUUUGCACCUGCAUAGUAAGGAAAUGUAAGGUUAGUAGGCUAUGUAAAGGACAAUUAUGGCAUCUGUGAUUUUUAUAUUAAUUUUUUUUAGAUCAUUUAUCAUUAAAAUGGAAUUUAAAUUUUUAUAUUUGAAUCGCUUAUUUAUGAAAGGGCAUAAGUCAACUUUUUUGAAGAAAUGAGUUACAUACAGGAUGCCAAUCUGUGGGUGUAUACGCAUCGUUUAGUUACUAAAAGGCACUAGUCUGAUGCAUGGAAGUGGGUUUACCGACCGCCAGAAAAUUUAGUUUAGUUAUGAAAAGGAAUUAGUCAGUGGACUUAUGUCCUUUCAUAACCAAAUGAUUACAGCUAUUAAUCAGUGGACUUAUGUCCUUUCAUAACCAUAUAAUUGCAGCUAGUUACAAAGAGAAAACAAAUAGCAGUAUACUCUUCCGACCUCUUUGGCAGUAUCAUGCAGUGUUGCAUGCUGGUAUAUUCUGCUAUCAUUUGUUUUGUUGUGUACUUUCAGUUACUUUUGGUUUGUUUACUAGUAGAAAAUGAGUGAAAUGGAGUCUAAUAAGACUUGUGUGGAAAAUGAUUGUAACCAUUCCAUGAAACGUAAAAAAGGUGUGCGAAAUGUGGAAGAAUACAAAUGUCAAAGAAUUAAACGAGCUCGUCUGCAAGGAAAGGAGUAUGCAAACUACAGAGGGAAUGUUGUGAAAACUAAAAGUACUACCGAGUCGUGCAGAUGUGCAAGAAAAUGCUAUGACAAGAUUGACAUUGCACAGAGAGGGAAAUUACUUGAUGCUAUACAUUCCUUUUCAUGCAAGAAUGAGCAAGACAUCUAUCUUCAAGGUUUGCUUGACGCUGUGCCAAUUAAACAUCGCCGACCAAGGAAUGGUGACAAGUCUGGAAAAAGGUCAUCCUCCUUCACUUUUCAUGUAGUUAUUCAAGAACGAAGAGUGAAAGUGUGCAAGAAAGCAUUCAUUCAGUUAUAUGGAGUAUCUGCCAAGAGGGUAAGGAGACUGCAAACAUUGUUACUAUGUGGACAAACUCCAAAAGACAUGCGAGGCCAACAAAACAAUAGGAAGUCGGUGCCUGUUGGUGAUGUUCAGGCCAUCAAAGACCACAUAUCUUCAUUUCCUGUCAAGAUAAGCCACCAUGCAUCCAAAGAAUAUAAAUAUCUUGAUGCGCAGUUGGAUAUAAAGAAGAUGCAUACACUGUUCAAAGAGAAAUUUCCUGAUUGUAAAGUUAAGUAUUCUUUCUAUUAUAAGAUUUUCAGGGAAAAUUUCAAUCUCCACUUUGGGAGACCACAGAUAGACACCUGUGGAGAAUGUGAACAACUGAAGGUCAAGAUAAAAAAUCCUAAUCUUAAUGAAUGUGCUAAGCGAGUUGCCAUGGCCGAGCUGGCCAUUCAUGAAAGAAGGAGUAACAAGUUUUACACAAGCAUGAAAGACACGAAACACAUUUGCAAAAACAAUGAUAGUGUGUUAGGGUUAACGUUUGAUUAUAUGCAGAACAUUUCACUGCCCUGCAUUCCAGUACAAGAGCUUUUUUACUAUCGCCAGCUUUCGGUGUUUCCCUUUGCCAUACAUAACCUGAAAACAGAUGAGGCGAGUUUAUUUUUAUAUCACGAAGGGCAGGCAAAUAAAGGGCCAAAUGAAACAUGCUCUUUUCUCCACAAAUACAUAAGUGACAAUGUGCCUCCAUGUGUUAAAGAACUGCACCUUUACAGUGAUGCUUGCGGAGGGCAGAAUAAGAACAAUUGCAUGGUAAGAUUCUUGUUAUCACUUACUGACACCAACAGAUUUGACAUUAUUAUCCAUCGGUUUCCGAUACGUGGUCAUUCAUAUCUUGCUUGCGAUCGUGAUUUUGCACUGGUGAAACGUGUUCUUAAAAAGACUGAUAGAUACUAUGUACCCAUGGAGGUCUGCCAACUUAUUACAUCUGCAGGAGUUCCUGGAAAAUUCACAGUCAACAUGGUAACAUCUGAUGACGUGUUGGACUUCAAGAAUUGGUGGCCCAGCCAUUACAAAAAGACAUGCUUAUCAUUGGAAAGCCAGAGUAAAGCAGUUCCGCGAAGCCAGAAGCAAGACUUUGCUGUAUCAAGGUUUGUAGAGUUCCAGUACAACAGUCGCCAUAAAGGUACUGUAGUUGCUUCCGAAUUCAUUGGCGGCCUUGUGUCACAUACUUUUGUGCUUCGUCAAUCAUCCGACAAAAGUUUGAAUCCUACUAUUCCUGUUCAAAAGGCGUAUCCUGCGAAAAAUGUGCCAAUUAAUGCAAAGAAGAUUAUUGACUUAAAGAAGGUUCUCCGUUAUGUUCCAGGUGAACACAGAGACUUCUACGAUGAGAUUAUCCAGUGGCCUACCAAGCAAACAGACUGAGCUACCAUGCCAUUGUAACAGGCAUUGUUACAUAAUAACAUACAAAGUGUGAAGUUAUAUUAACACCUUUUGUACAUGUUUUCAAAACAAUGUGUAGUCUUACAUCACUGUUGUUUAAAGUGAAAUGAUGCUUUAGUACAUAACUUUUGUGGUGUUGUUUAAAGAGGGUAUGCCUGUGAUGUUAUGCAUUAUAAGGUCAGUGAAAAUGGCGUAAAGUGUUCAAUAAUAUGGUGUACACGUUUACUGAACUAUAUCUAGGUUGAAUUACAUCAUUGUAUUUCGA